AUGUCGAGUAAGGACAAAGAUAAGUUUCAUUACAUUGACUAUCAAGACGCAUCUCUAUAUUAUAAUUAUAUAAUACAAACAAAUAGAAAUAUAAAUGCAAAUUAUAAAAAUAAUAAAUAUCAGAUACAGAAGAAAGAUAUAGAUAUAGCUAAAAGACUGACAAUUAGACUCGUUGAUUUUUCAGUUAAUAAAUCAAUGUAUUUAUUAUAUGAAUAUAUUCAAAAGCUAUCGUCCAACCCUCAAAUAAUCGAUAAAAAUAAUCAUAGUCAUCAACAUUUUACGUCAAUACCAGCUCCCGUUUCAAAUAGUAAUCAAAACCAACUACCGGGAAAGGAAUGUACUCAAGAACAGGAUAAUAACCAACAUCAACAAUUGUUUCCAUGUACUCCAGCCAAAACAAUAUACGACCAGCAGAUGGCCACGAGGACACCACCAUACACUAAUAAUACUCACCCUCCAACCCCAAUCUCAACUAUUAAGGAUCAUGAUUGCUAUGAUAUACCUUCGCCAUCAAUAAUCAAGAUACACAGACAGUCUACCCUCAUACCCGUCCUACCAGUCUCAACACCGUUGUUUUUUGAUCCUAAUGCAAAUUCAUCAAACAACUAUUAUUAUAACACUAAAAAACCUAUAAUCCUAAAUGAAAAUAUCGACCCUAACAUGAACGAAAACAUUCAUUUUAAUUCAUACGAUACUUACAUUAAACCAAAUAUUUUUAAUUGUAACAAUAUGUUCUCCAUUGAUAAUCCAGGUCUAGAAGAUUGUCUAACCGAUCUUAACGAUUCUACCCUGCGGAAUAUGGAAGAACAUAAGCCUCAUAAUGACAACAGAGCACCGAUCGGCGCACGACAGAACCAUAAUAAUAAGAAUAUGGAAGAACAUAAGUUUAAUAAUGAAAACCCCAACCCAGCACCGAUCGACGCACGACAGGACAAUAAUAAUAAUAAUAAGAAUACAAAAAGAUAUAGAGAAAACACAGUAUCUUCAUCGUUAAAAAAAGUUAAGACCAAUAAAAAGAACACUGUGAAUUUAAAUUAA